AUGUCUACAACUCAAGCAUCAGAUGCGACUAAGCCUCGCAAGUCCCUCAUCCUCAAUGCCUUUGUGGAAAUGUGCAGCGGCCAUCAAUCACCAGGACUAUGGCGCCACCCCGAAGAUGAGUCGCAUCGAUUCAAUGAUGUCGACCACUGGGUCGAGCUGGCACAAUUACUCGAGUCAGCCAAGUUCCAUGGCAUUUUUAUCGCAGAUGUCCUCGGAGGAUACGAUGUCUAUAAAGGACCCAGAAACCUCGAUCCCGCAGUCCUCUCCGGUGCUCAGUGGCCAGUGAACGAGCCAUUGGCUGUUGUCCCCGCAAUGGCGGCGGCUACCAAGAAUAUUGGAUUUGGAGUGACGGUCACAACAAGCUACGAGCAGCCGUAUCAUCUUGCGAGACGAUUAUCUACGGUGGAUCAUCUUACCAAAGGACGGUACGUGGAUCUAGUAACUGUGGUAACAGGAUACCUCGAUUCCGCCGCCCGCAAUAUGGGCCAAGCCGAGCAGCUACAUCACGACGACCGCUACCUCCUCGCCGAAGAGUACAUCAAAGUAGCCUACAAGCUGUGGGAGUCCUCCUGGCGCCAAGACGCCGUAACCCUCGACCAGGAGCGCGGCAUCUACACCGACCCAGCAGGCGUGCGUCAAAUCAACCACGUCGGCAAAUACUUCAACGUCCCCGGGCCUCAUCUCUGCCAACCCAGCCCACAACGCACACCGGUCAUCCUCCAAGCCGGCACAUCGAAAGCAGGCAAAACGUUCGCCGCGCAACAUGCGGAGGCUAUCUUCGUGGCGGGCCAUAGCCCGGCUGUGGUAGCGAAGAACGUGAAGGAGAUUCGGGAGCUUGCACAGAGCGAGUACGGGCGUGAUCCGCAGAGUAUUAAGUUCCUCGCACUCCUUUGCCCAAUCCUCGGCAAGACCGAGGAGCAGGCUGUGGAGAAGUUCAAGUAUUUCCGCAGUCUGGGGUCCAUUGAUGGAGCGCUUGCGCUGUUCGGUGGGUGGACGGGGAUUGAUUUGGAUAAGUAUGGAGACGAUGAGGAGCUGCGACAUGUUGAGAGUAAUGCUAUCCGCUCUGCUGUUGAGGGCUGGUCCAAGGCGACACCCGAAGUCGCUAAGUGGACAAAGGCCACUGUCGGUAAACACAUCACCGUGGGAGGGCUGGGUGCCACUCCUGUCGGUACAGCUGCUCAAGUUGCCGAUAGCAUGGAGCGGUGGGUACAAGAAGCAGAUGUGGACGGGUUUAACCUGGCAUACGCAAUCAAGCCGGGCUCCUUCAAGGAUAUCAUUGAUCUCCUUAUUCCCGAGCUCCGCAAGCGAGGCAUGUUCUGGGAUGACUAUGCUGUGCCCAAGGGAACCUACCGUGAGAACCUAUAUGCGCAGCCCGGCCAGUCCGGACCACGUGCAGACCACCCUGCUUCUAAGUACAGGUGGAAUGCUGGUGUGGAUGCUUCAGAGGCUGUCAUUCCGGGUAGCUGA